AUGCCUCCCGUGUGGUUCACCCACACAAUAGGUUGUUGAUGUUGGUACCUCGCGCCGGUUGUUGGUUGUUGUUCCGUUUUCUAAGCUUUGUCAAGUGUGUGCCGUUCCCGCCAAACUACGUCAGCGGAACAUUGCACAUAAUCAGACACACAUACACAAUACCGCGUGGUUCGAACCACACAACGAUUCAUUCAUAAAAAAGUGCCGCUCUUUGAACGAGGGCGUGCAAGUUCCAACCACCGCGGCCGUGGUUUUUGUGGCGUAUCUGUUUGUUGCGUUGUUUGCUUACUGUGACGACGGUGUGGUCUGCCGCUUGCCGAUGAAGCUUCAAUGAAUGGUGGUGGUGGUGACCGCCGCAGUUGGGCACUUGGCGACACGAUCGAUAUAGAGGAAGAAAGUUUACAAACUGCCAUUGACGUCAAUGGCGCACAUUCGCGGGUAUCUCCACUCACACGGCAUCAUCUAUCGCGAUUUGAAGCUGGAAAAUCUUCUGCUGGACAAAGACGGACACAUUAAGAUAGCCGAUUUUGGGCUGUGCAAAGAAGACAUUACGUACGGUCGAACAACGAAAACGUUCUGCGGAACACCGGAGUAUCUGGCGCCGGAAGUGCUGGAGGAUAACGAUUACGGCCACGCAGUCGACUGGUGGGGUACGGGUGUCGUAAUGUACGAGAUGAUUUGCGGUCGGCUACCGUUUUACAAUCGCGAUCACGAUAUACUGUUCACGCUGAUACUGAUGGAGGAGGUGAAGUUCCCGCGCAACAUAAGCCCGAACGCGCGCAGCCUGCUCAGUGGGCUGUUGGUGAAGAAUCCGAAGCAGCGGUUGGGCGGUGGACCGGACGAUGCGAAGGAAAUAAUGGCCCAUCCGUUCUUUGCCAGCAUCAACUGGACCGAUCUGGAGCACAAGCGCAUUACGCCACCGUUCAAGCCGCAGGUAACGAGCGAUACGGACACACGCUACUUCGAUCGUGAGUUUACCGGUGAAAGUGUGGAGCUGACGCCAUCGGACAGUAAUGGACCGUUGGGCGCCAUUCAGGAGGAGCCUCACUUUUCGGAAUUCAGCUACCAGGAUAUGGCAUCCACCAUGAACACACCCAGCUUUAUGAACCAUUCGCACAACUUUCCACCGAUGCAGUGAGAAACGGCUGAUUUGCACCCGGUGCCGCCGGGUGUUGCGUGAAGCAAUUGCGCGCCCACUGCAGUAGUAGGACCACCGACCAGCAGAGGAAAGUGUUCUCCUCCCCCCCCGGGGGGAAACCAGCGCUUUCUCCGAGCGGUGUCCAAACUGCUGGGUAGUAACUGCUGUGCAAAGCAGCAGGGCGAACGAAAGCGGACAAGAGAAGGACACGACACAGAGCAAAGAAAUUUAAAAAUCUUUCGUUUGAGCAGGGAAGCGACGUAACCGCAGGAUGAUGACUAUUAUGUUUGUAACAUGCGUUCCAAUAGCCCAGUUUUGUGCCGUAUCUGUCUGCCAGCAGCAGCACACAGCCAACAAGGGGUCCGAUAUCGCGUCGAGUUGCCUGUAUAUUGGGAGUUUGACCAACCAGGGAGUUGAAAUGACCUGGGCGUGGAAGAACGGUAACUCGACUAUUGAUAUCGUUACUUCCGGACCGGAAAGACGAGUUUUGAUCUUACGAAAAAGAUUCCUUUUUUUACCACACCAAACCAACCACUUGAACAUCACAACAGCAAUGAAAACAACAGGUGAAACAAAACCGAACAUCCCAAUCAUUUCGGGUGAAGUAGAGAAACAGCAAAGAAAAAGUGAUUGGGGACAGUAUGAUAUAGAUAAUUACCACCGUGCCAACUUUUGCCAUAACACAACCACAACAACACAGAACAUAAUGAUCUCAGAUCGCGAUAGAUUAGCAGCAUCAAACAGGAAAAACAAACAAAUGGCUCAACCACCACACUCACACAUGCACUCUCUCUCUCUAUGCAGUAUCACUCAUACCCGCCUAUCUCAAGCAUAAAACCGACAGCAAACUAUGGUGUUUCGUUAUUUAGUGGAGAACCGAAUUAUUUUACCUAUCUUCUAACUGCUGCAUACACACACACACACGAGUAGAAAAUCCUUGCGCGUUUCGUUGUAAUUAUUGUGGACGGGAAUGUAAUAUGAUGGAUAUUAAGUUUUUAAGGGAGUGUGUCGUUAUAAAGUGCGACAGAUAGCCAACGAAGCCGUGGGCGAAUAAGUGUAGAAAGCAAACCAGAUUAGUUCGCGCGUGGUGAGCCGGUUGGUAAACGAUAGACCAGACCCCUUUGCUACAUUGAUUGUUUUAUACUUUUGUUGCAUACAGACACACACACACACAGACACAAUUUUGCGGGCAGUUUCCUAAUAAUUGAAUAACCUUACGGUAGCCCUUUAAUACCGGCGGUACAUGCAACGAGCGAGCCUACCCAGUAGCGCAGUAACUGGCCUCACCUGCUAAUAGGCUUUGGUUGCGCGAGAAGAAAACUCUGCUGGCGUAAGCUGCUUUUAUAGAUGAAUAAGCGUAAAGUUGCGCGAAUGUGCAUAUAUAUACCCAUAUGCAAAAGAUGGAAAGCAACGGGCUGUGAUAGAAAGAAGUUAAUAAUAUUAAUAAUCAUCAUAAUCGUAGUGUGUACGUACUAAGGAUAGAAUGCGCGCGCAUCCCGGAAAGUGACCCCAACUGCCGCCCAACAUUUGGCACGGUACCAAGUAAUAGUAAGCAAGUGGACCGAACAGGGUUGGUCACCUCGCUACACACUAACCCGGCCCAUCCGUUCGACUCUGCGCAGGGUAGACCCUGGAAUCGGGAACAGCUAUCAUUCAAGCAGGAUCAUUCUGCAGAUAGAUUGUUAAAGUCCCCGGACCCGGGGACAUACGCUAAGUUGCUAGCUUUCCUUCAUUGAAACAAAAAAAUCAUUGCGCUUUAAUAUAUGUACACGUGUUCCUUAGCAGCUAGUAUGCAAACAUAGUUUAAUCACUGCUGUACGCCGAUAUUGGGCUGCCGCGAGCUGGGGCGUUUACGGACCACCAGGGCUUUGCAGGGUAAAUCUUUCGCGGGAUGUUCAGAAUCGGUCAGAACACCGAAUUGGUUUUUUUUCUAUUCUGACUUCCCUUACACACAAGAGCCGAGAGAUUCAUACACACACACAUACAAUUAACAAGGUAUAUACUGUUUUUUGUUUAGUUUGUAGCAUACGUUAAUGUUGCAGUAACAGAUAUGGGGAGGGACAUUAAUCGGGAUCCUUAUUUCUUUAUAUUAGAGCACAUACUUUUUCGUUUAUGUAGCCGAUAGUGUCCGUGACGAGCUAGUUUUAAGUGUACCAGCGGCGAUGGUGCUGCCGUAGUAGCCGGUAGUAGUAGUAGUAGUAAGAGUGUAGCAGCACCAUGCUCCCGAUUACUAAGAACUAAUGAGAUACCAGAUAAGAGAAAAUAUCACUGCCUUAGCUAAUUGAGACAUUGACAAGAAGAAAACAAGUGCAACACUAUAUACAUAAUAGAAGGGUGGGGUGGUGUGUAAAACACUACGCUGAACAAAACUCAAAUCGAGGUGAGAAAAAAAAAGUGUUGAAGUGGGGGGCCCACACAACCACGUUCCAGAGGUUAUCAAGCGAGCGGAGCGUUACUACUUUUGUCUUCUGUUACUAAAUGAUGCCUUUUAGUUAAGUGUGGUAUCUUGUAAUGUUUAGUGCUGUAUUUUCCUUGCUUUAACACAAGCCUUUCGGGGCUACAGGGCUCUUGAUUUGCAUGAUUCGUUUAGUGGACACUGGUGCUAUUGAAUUAGAAUCCUUAACCCGCCUAUGGAAACUGUAGCAAAACGCUGCCUAAAAAUGUGCUUCUGUGCAACAACGGGAUUAAACUUUUACAUACAUAGUGAACAGGCAAGGUAGAGAAGACGAUGUUACAACAGGUCUUAAGUUAUGGUAGAUCGUUCUAGCAGAUGAGCGUGAACCUCCCCCCCAACAGGUCUUACUGCGUAUUGGCUUACUAUCCUAUACUGGUAAUGCUGAGCCAGGAGAAGGAAAAAAAAUGCAUUGAGUUUCUACGUUCUAGGCCCAGUUUUUUCCCGCGCAGAACCGAUACACUCCUAUCCGGUGUGUACAUCGCGUAAAAUAAUAAUAUUACUACAAAUACCAUCAUAAAAAAGGCCACAACUAGUGUUACAGAGAGUAAUGCAUAAGUACUAGAUAAAUUUAAUAUAAAAAAAAAGAUCACCACAAAAA